CUAUCAAAUUGUAUUCUCUUCGAGGGACUGACUUCUACUAACUUCUCGUGGAAUAAUCUGUAUUAUAUCGAACGAAAUGAACGUUGUUUAUAACUUGUUCUUAAUGUGACCUUAAGUUUUGCAAACGUUUAUAACACUAUAACAGCUUUGAAAAAUGAUAUCGAGAAGAAUUUUUUACAUCGGACGAAGAACAAUCUGUACAAAUAUGCAACUGUCUUUCGCAUUAGAAAAUAGGUCAAGUAACAAUUCCAAGUGUUUCUAUUUGAAUCCUUCAUGUCCAGGACAGAACUUGAACCUGACAUUUAGAAGAUUCAAAACUAAAGGGAAGAAUACAAAGCAAAGUAGAGAGAAAGAUGAAGAUGAAGAAGAUGAAGAAAAUAACUUGGAUGUUGACGAUUACUUGAACACUGAAAAAUCGAAGGUGGUCAUGGCUAAAGUACCUUCCCUUCGUUUGGAUGCCAUCGCCAAAGCAGGAUUUGGACUGUCGCGGAAUAAACUGGAGAAGGAAUUUUACCGAAGUAAUAUACGUCUAAAUGGAGAAAAGUGUAUGAAGAAAGGAAUAAUGAUAAGCAUUGGGGAUGAGAUCGAUCAUAUACAGGGUCGAAGUUCUACAAAUGCCAAUUUCCUUAUAAUAAACAGGUGCAUACUGUUAUCGGUAAGUUUAGAGUCCGAAGACGAAGACAUUGUUGUUAAAUUACUUCAGAACAAGUCUCUAUUAGUCGAAGAUUAUAAAGACAAGUGGCACAAUUAAAUUUAAAAAUAGCGAUAUUAUGUGCAACUGAUUCGUAUAAAUGUUGAAUACCUACAAUAAAUUUUUAAAACACGAUACUUCCAAA